CUACGAAAAACACAUGUUAUAAAUAAUAUUUUAAUAUGUUGUUUUGAAAUGAUUUUCUACAAAUCUUUGUGAUUAUUUAAGAAUAACCAUUUUAUUCAAUAUUGAUAUUAGUGCUAGUGGUAUUAACUUUAAAUAGUUGUGUCAACAUGAGUGAAAAUUACUUCAAUAGCUAUGAGGAUUUAGAGGUUCAUAGAUUGAUGCUAGAAGACGGUCCUAGGGUUCGAGCAUAUAAGUCUGCAAUCAUGAACCAAAAAGAAUUAUUUGAAGGCAGAUGCGUUAUGGAUGUUGGAGCAGGUUCAGGCAUUUUAUCAGUUUUCUGUGCACAAGCUGGCGCUCGCAAAGUUAUAGCGGUUGAAGCUAGUGCACUUGCAAAAUUAGCAGAACAAAUUAUUGCAGAGAAUGAAGUACAACAUAUUGUACAGGUGAAAUAUAGUAAAGUGGAAGAUCUCAAAUUAGUAGAUAAUGAAAAGGUUGAUAUUAUAAUAUCUGAAUGGAUGGGAUUUUACCUUUUACAUGAAGGUAUGCUUGAUAGUGUUCUUUACGCUAGAGAUAAUUUUCUUAAACCUGAAGGUUGUUUGUUUCCUCAGUCUGCUUCAAUAUCAGCAGCUUUAUGUAGAUUGCCUUCACUUUUUGAUCAGUGGUCUAACAUUCAUGGAGUUUCAAUGAAUUGUUUUGGUUCUCAUUUAAGAAAGCAAAUGUGUGAAAAACCUGAAAUUAUGACUGUUCUUCCUGAACAUAUAUUAACAAAACCUGAAGUAAUUUGUUGGUUGGAUCUCAAAACGAUAACACUAGAGGAUUUGCAAAAACUUUCAGCACAAUUUAUAUCAGUUACCAAAGAAAAAACUAAUAUCCAAGGAUUAUGCAUUUGGUUUCAAUGUCAAUUUGGGCAAAAUUCUGUGAUGGAAAAAUUAGAAUUAUCAACAUCGCCUUUUGAUGAAAAUACUCAUUGGAAGCAAACUGUUAUAGUACUUCCUGAAGAAAAGCAAGUGGAAGAAGGUGAGCCAUUAGCUUGGAAUCUGGACAUUUGCAGAAGUGUAGACUGUAGAAAAUAUAAUUUGGAGCUAAGUCUAAUUGAUGCCAAUGAAAUUGAGCAUCCACUUCCUUGUGAUUGCUGGAAAACCACAUGUAUUUUAACAAAGAAACAUCUGGAAACAUUUGAAUAACUAUAUAUAUAUAUAUACACCUAAGUCUGUUUUUACACGGUAGAU